AUGAUGCAAUUCCUCACCCUCUUGGCUACCAUGGCUGCCACGGCCGCCGUCACCGCCUCGCACGUGCCCGUCAACGAGCGGUCGGCGCAACAAGUCAUUACCCGUCUGAACCUGACGGCCAACCCGGAAAAGGGCUACUAUGCGCAGACGUUCAUCGACCCGGAGCUCGUCGGCGGCGGCAGCAACCGGUCGGCGUCGACGCUCAUCUACUACCUGCUCGAGGGCGCGUCGGGCGACUCGGUGUGGCACCGGGUCGACGCCGCCGAGGUCUGGCACUACUACGCCGGCGCGCCGUUGACGCUGUCGCUGUCGUGGAAUGACGGGAAGCCGGUCGAGAAGCAAGUCUUGGGACCAGACUUCUUCGCCAAUGAGAGCCCGCAGGUGGUGAUUCUCAAGGACCAGUGGCAGAGCGCGCGCUCGCACGGCAACUGGACGCUGGUGGGCACGACGGUCGCCCCCGCAUUUAGCACAGACGGCUAUGAGCUCGCGCCGCCAGGAUGGAAGCCAAAGGGCGCAUGCCAGGCGUCGGCGCCGGCCAGCGCUGGUGCCCGCUAA